CCCGUGCUAUCUAGCGCUAUUAUUCUCAUUCACUCAUAGGGUUUGAAUAAGGUCCGUUAUAGUUUUAGACUUCGGGGUUUACACACUACAGCAAUGAGCAGAAAAAGGAACCCAAACUUUAGUGAAAUGGAACUCCAAAUACUUUUGGAUAAUGUGGAAAAAAUAAGGAAAUUAUUUUUAGCAAACAUUCAAAUGUUGUAACCAAUAUUUCCAAAAACGAGUUUGGGAGGGGAUUUGUGAAAAGGUGAAUGCCGUGUCUUCGGGACACACUAGAACCGUAGAUGAACUUCGAAAGAAAUGGUCAACCUAUGCCAGUGACACGAAAAAGAGGAUUUCCUCAAAUCGGAAAGAGUCAGUGAAGACCGGGGGAGGAAUGGCACCUCCCAAGCUUACGCCGCUUCAAGAUAAAAUUGUUGGUAUUAUAGGGCCCACGGCGAUCGAGGGAAUUUCAGGAGGUUUAGACACUUGUGGGGAAUUCGAGGAUGCAUGCAGCAGCCUCAGCUCUGCUUCAACUAUAAGUUUACAAGAUAAACCAUCUACCAGUGGGAACAAUGAAAUGGAUCCACCCAAAAAAGUGUCCUCCAGGAAGCGCCAUAUACAGGAUGAGGACAAUCAAAGCUCCCAAAGAUUAGUCGCAAUUGAAGAGGAGAGACUUCUCGUAGAGAAGGAGAGACUUUCUAUUGAAAAGGAGAGACUUGAAGUGGAAAAGCAGAGACUUGAAAAUGAGAAACAAAAAUUAAUCAUAUCACAACAACGUCAUCAAAUUUAUUUAGGGCAGUUAGGUGUUCAGUUUACAUGUAUACCCCAAGGUGCUGACACGAGCAUCGCACAUGAGUAAAAUGUAAUAAACAAGUAUUGCAGACUUAGUCAUAUAAAAUAAAACAAUGAAAAUAUUCAGGUAUAAAAUAAUUGUAUGCUUCUUAAGAAUGAACCUACAGGUAUUUCUAGAUUUUCGAUAUACAUGCAUGCAUGAUGAUUUUUAAAAGACAAAUGUACUAAGCAUAAGCUAGACAAUUGCAAUCAGCCAGGCAUUCAAUGUCUGAAAAAUUCAUUUACUAGUCGUAAUCUGACAUUUGCUCCGUCACCAUUUAAAUUCUCAGCGAAUUGUUGAGCACGUAUGUGUCCAUUAUCGUGGGGAUCACAUCCUUCAGGGAGUGGGAUUCUGUCGAUGAUGCACAUGUUGUGUAGCACUGCUGUGGCAACAAAUAUUUUGCACACCUUGUCGGGACUGUAUAGAAGUGUUCCGCCGCUACUGUCCAGGCACCGGAAACGAGCUUUAAGCACACCAAAAGCCCUUUCUAUCACGUUUCUUGUUCGAAUGUGGGAUGUGUUGUAUCUCUCUUCAUCUUGAGAAUUUGGGUUUAACACGGGUGUUAACAGCC